GAAGGAACAGGUGGAGGAGGAACAGACUGAGCAGCAACAGGUGGAGGAGGAACAGACUGAGCAGGAACAGGUGGAGGAGGAACAGACAUAGCAGCAACAGGUGGAGGAGGAACAGACUGAGCAGCAACAGGUGGAGGAGGAACAGACUGAGCAGCAACAGGUAGACCCACAGUUCGAACUGCGGCUGGACAUCCUCCCGGAGGGCAACAUUUCCAAAGAAAACAUCCCAGAGGGAGCUGUCCAGCCGGAUGUCAACAUUGCUGGUGAGCUCAACAGUCGGUUGUCAUCCCCCACGACUGCUGUAAAAAGCCCUUCCCCUCCCAAAGCCAAACCUUCUCCUCGCACCAGCACUCCAAAGAUUGAAACGAAACAGAAGAGGAGCGAAACAUGGUCCAGGGGGGUUGCCAGAGGAAAUGUGAUGAGGCACCUGCGGCUACCUGAAUCCAUGAAUGCAUACGUCGAAAAGUUCAGGAUAUUUUACCACAGGCCGACAGGCACCCCAAAGAUGGCAGAGUCCAACAUGGCCAGGAUCAGCCGUGUCAAGAGUUUCCUAUACUACAUGUCCAUAGGCCAGAAAAAAAUCACGGACUGGAAAUUUCUGAUGAACCUCCCCCGACUGAAUCAGUGGCUCCAAGACAUCACAAACAGUGGAAAGACCAUCACCACUGUCAGGUACUACAUACACAACAUGGUAGAGUUCAUCGAUUUCAUGCUUGGGUCAAAUCCGCCACACUCUAAGCUGACCCACGAGCAAGCAAGAGAGAUCAGGAUGUUCCUGGAAAAGGCGAGGAGGAACACGAGUCGGGACAUAACAAUCCAUUCGAACAGGGUCAAGCACGACAAAAUGAUGAAAAUACCCUCCAUCGCCUCCAUCGAAACCUGCUUGAAACUGGCACCUGCAAAGAUAGAAGAGCUGCUUGGAGAGCUGGAGCUGAAUAGCUCAAGAACAGGGACAAGUACUCCUAAAGCCUAUAUGGCUAAGGGGUACGUGUACGCCUGUUACAAGCUCGUGUACGUAGCUCAUGUACGCGGUGCUCCUGGAGCCCAAACGGCUAAGGGCUACGUGAACGCUUGCUACAGGCUCGUGUACGCGGUGCUCCUGGCGCCCAAACGGCUAAGGGCCCAAACGGCUAAGGGGUACGUGUACGCUUGCUACAGGCCCAUGUACGCGGAGCUCCUGGAGCCCAAACGGCUAAGGG